GACCGCACACCAAACCUGCAACGGACUGCGCCGAACGUGGCCAAGCGGGAAACGUGCUAACACGCUUGAGACCUAAAGGGAGGAAAAGGAAACAGGAGAAAGGAAGGACCGGUACACAUCCAAACAUGGGCAAGAAGAAGAAACAAAAGGUGGCGAAGGAUGAGACGGAGGCGUGGUGCUACUACUGCGACCGAGUUUUCGAGCACGAAGAGGUGUUGAUUCUUCAUCAGAAGACGAAACACCUCUCGUGCAUGUUUUGUAAAAAGAAACUGUCAACCGCGGGAGGACUCGUAGUUCACGCUCAACAAGUACAUCGCGAGACCAUCUCAGAAGUCCCAAAUGCGAAGGAAGGGAGGAAGAGCGUGGACUUAGAGAUCUACGGCAUAAAUGGCAUCCCAGCUGAAGCCUGGGCCGAGCGGGCGGCAAAGAAGGCUCGCAUCGCCGGAACCAACGGAGGCGAUGGUGCUGCCGCCGCCGCAGCAGCAACAGCCCCAGAGACACCUAAAGUGGAGACCGCCACACCGGGGCAACAGCCAGCGACACCUGGGCAAGGAAUGCCUCCCCAGUUCAACGGGCACCAGCCAAUGCCCGGCAUGAUGUUUCCUGGAGGGGCCCCGGGGCCGGGGAUGGGAUUCCAUCCCAUGGGGCAGCCGGGGUUCCACCCGGGGAUGAUGGGACCGCCUCGACCAGGGUUCAACCCCAUGCAGCAUGGCGGGCCUCCCCCCAUGCACGGAGGCCCGAACAUGCCGCCGCAUAUGUUGGGCGGGCCUCGCGGCCCGAAUGGCCAAAUGCUCGGUGGGCCCAUGCAAGGUGGGUUUCCACGGGGCCCCCCACCAGCCCCCCCGGGUCCGCCGCCCCGGGGCUUGCCUCCGGGCCUCCAACCUGGCAAAGGUGCGCCGCCGAGUGGCGCACCACCUGGGGUUCCCCCGGUUGGACCGAGAGGUGCCGUGCCGCCGUUGUUCCCGGCAGGCGCUGCUGCCGCCGCCGCCGCCGCCGCUACUGCACAACAACGUGAGUUUCAUGUGUUCGGUUAA